GAGGAAGGAGCUCCAAGAGAUUUUAGGGUUUAAGAGUGUGUCUCUCAGGUCUCCUGCCAUCUUCCUAGUACAUCGUUCCUCCCUUCUCGUAAUCAUGGCGAGCACAAAAGUUCAGAGGGUUAUGACUCAGCCCAUUAACUUGAUUUUCAGGUUUCUUCAGAGCAAAGCACGCAUUCAGAUUUGGCUUUUUGAGCAAAAAGACUUGAGGAUUGAAGGACGAAUCAUCGGUUUUGAUGAAUACAUGAAUUUGGUUCUUGAUGAUGCUGAGGAAGUGAACAUCAAGAAGAAGAGCAAGAAGACAUUAGGGAGGAUCCUUCUUAAAGGAGACAACAUAACUUUAAUGAUGAGCACGGGGAAAUGAUGUACACUCUGGGACAUUUGUAAACUAUAUUCAUAUCAAACAACGCAGAACUAUUUUUCUCUUUGGUUUGUAUUCAUCUAUCAAACUCCCAAACUGGAAGAUGUUGAUUUUGUGAUUGUGGAAGUAUAGCACUAAUAUCACAACCUUUCCCUCA